AUGGGCGCAUCGCCUUCUCAGAAGCCAGGCCGUUUGUCUCAUCACGCGUCUCCUCGGGAUAUCCCUGAAUUUCAGCACCCUUCGCACACGCUGCUUGACGACAACGGAUUCAAGCAGCAAAAGUACCAGGCGUUUCAUCAGCGCGCCGUCGACGAGCGCAAGCGUUUGGGCUGCGGCAACAGCGAAGAGAUGAAUACGUUAUUCAGAUUUUGGAGUUAUUUUUUGCGAGGCACGUUCAACGCCAAGAUGUACAAGGAAUUCUGCCGUUUAGCCGAAGAGGAUGCUCGACACAACUACCACUACGGUUUGCAAUGCCUCUUCCGGUUCUACAGCUACGGUUUGGAAAAGCGAUUCAGAAAAGCCGUCUACCGCGACUUUGAAGAGUUUACCAUGUUAGACUACAAGUCUGGAUCGCUGUACGGACUGGAAAAGUUCUGGGCGUUCCAUUACUACUACCGUGGUGAUAACAGGCCGGUCAUCCGAGAAGACAUCAAGGAGCUUUUGGAUACGAAAUUCCGCACGCUGUCUGAUUUCCAGCGGGCGAAAGAACAAAUGGCUCGCGCGUGA